AUGAAGAUACUUAACGAACGAGAAGCUUUUUUGCUGGAUUUCGAAGUUCUGCAGCAUCUCAAAGAUUACAAAGAGAAGUACAAUUGGCUGUUUUCUGCAGAGGACGACGCAAAGUUCAAAGGACGCAAGAAGCGCUUCACAGGCGCUGGCUUAGGACUAGAGGUUAUGACGAGGGAUGUUCUUCUGUACACUGAACUGCGCUCUGCGGCAAAUAUUACCUCGAAGCUGGUGUUACUGGAGUUGAUGACAUACUUGAACACGCUAGAUCUAAUGAAGAUCGAAAAGCUCCAAAUUGUCAAUUCCUUACCCAGAUCAAUGGUUCACUUGUACGGCCUAGUGGAAGAAUGUGACCAGCGCUUCGAUGAGGCUACAUGUGAAGCUCUACUAGAGAAGGUAAAUGAGUUGGUUCCCCUUCCUGAAGAAGAAGAGGCUGAGGAAGAAGAGGCUGAAGCUGAGGAGGAAGCUGUUGAAGAGGCAGUUGCUGGUGCAGAUGCUGCUGAAACUGAAGAGGUUUCUGAAGAGAUCAAAAUGGAGGUUGACUAA